GAAGCAUUUAACCAAUCAAUGACUAAUAUAAGAAAAACUCAAACGUUCCUUAAAUAGCUUUGAAUUAUUGGUAAGUCAUAUUUUGUUUACGAAUCUGAGUCGAUUGUAAAACAAAUCAUUAAUUUACAUAUCUUGUUUUAAAUAUAUCCUUUUUAAGUGGCAUAGAUGUAAGUCAAGGUUAAAGAGGUCAAAAUUGGAAUGAGGAAAUAGCGUUGUUUUACAAAACGAAAUGAAAGACACUAUCAAGAUCUAGAGAAAUGAGUUUGUCAGUUUGGCUCCUGGUCUUCAUUCUGGUUGUGAAGAUAAAACAUGUUUAUGUUUUGACACGUUGUCCAGAAUCCUUGUCAACGGUAGUAAGAGUAGCACGCUGUCCUAGAAAUAAAGCUGAAUGGGAAAAUCAAGCAAAGAAAAAAGAUUGUUCAAAGGUUUCCCAGUCUUGUGUCAAACCAGCAGAGUUUUUAUACCACUGUUUGAUUAACGAGUACAUGAAUAUGACGAUUGAAGUCUGUGCACCUUCAGUUCCCAUAUUAGGUCAAAAGUGUGCAGAAUUCAAUACGGUUGGAGCAAUUAUUCAGGAUAACGUACAUACCAAAUGCGAUGACUCAGAUCCACCCUGCCCAUUCAGAUACAACUCCACUGACGUGUACAAAUACCAACGGUGUUAUAGCUACAUCAAUAGCACAAGCAACACACACGUCUUACCAAAUUGUCCUGAUUACAUAAGGGAAAAAUGCAUAUGUUCCUCUGACCAAAACGUAUGGCUGGCCAUUUCAAUAGUAUUUAUCACUUUAUUUCUGAUAAGCUGUGGUUUAGCAGGGAUAAUGCUUUAUAAGUAUAGAAAUCUACUUCACAGCACUCCCGGUCAAGAAUACGAAGUUCAUCCACUAUUUUCAAAAGGGGAAGAUGAUACCAAUGUUGCUCCACUUAAUCCAGAAGAGAAAGGCACUUUUAAGACGGAUCAAAAAGCUGUUCCAGAAAACUCAAGGGUGUACUCGAUUUAUUUUGGUGACAAACAUUUUGGAAUGGCUUAUUUCGAUCCAAGAUAUCCUAAAGAUGUAAAAAGCCUAGGAAACCAUGAAAUCAUUGGAGCUCUUGUUACAAAUACUGGGGAAGUAAUAGAGUUUGGAGAUCAAGCUCGUAAAAUGUUUACUGAAAAUAGAGAAGAUUGCAGAGAUUAUAUUUUUCUUGAUCAUCACGAACUGGAUAAAGAAUACUGGAAUGAUAAUAUUUCUAAACUGGGUUCGAUGAAAGUGAAGGAAGUUUUUCAGAAUAUAAUUGGCUUCCUAGUGAAGAAGAUUCUCAAGGAUAUUGCUGACCAUGGUUCUCAGACACAAGAAGAGUCGGGGUUAUUUAACAUGCACUGUGUGAUCACUGUACCUCAUCACUGGAUAAGCCACGUCGUAGAUCUUAGAAUUGCUUUUGACAGAACAAUGAAAGAUCUGAAUAAAGACGUACAGAGAGACCAGUUGCACAUUAAAUCGAGAGAGGUGGCCAUUUCUCCAUAUAUUCAUGAUGUUAAAGCGCCUGUCACUUGUUUGAUUUUCAAAGUUGACAACUUGAUAUUCAAGGACAACACAACAUAUGUCAAUUUACAUGUGGGAUCGAAAUAUUGCAACCUAACAUUCCUUAGAGCUGUGACUUCAGAGAAACCAGACGAGAUUAUUGGUAAUCCAUACAUACGGAAAUGGAGAAUACAUCUAACAGCAGAGGGACGAUUUGAAGAGUUGUUCGAAGAUAUAUUUACACGAGAUAUUUUUCAUAAAUGGAAAACAAAAUAUGAAAGGGAUUAUAUUUCUUUGCUUAGUCUAUUUGAGGAUCGAAAAAAUAAAAUGCGCGAGAACAUGGACGAAAAUGAAAAAUAUGAAUUUCCUUUGUCCUCAACGUUAUUCGAGCUAUUUCAAGAACGUAGAUCAGGUACGACUGAUCUUGAGGACCGUGUGGCAAAACAAAAAGGAGAGGUUAAAGUGGAAAAUAGUGGACGAACCAUUAUUUUUAAAUGGUCUUUAUUGAAAACAUUUUUUACUCAUGUCAAAGACAGUACCAAGGAAAUCAUAAGAGAACACAAAGAACAAUUUGAGGAGCAAAACGUGCGUUGUGUGAUAAUGACUGGUAGUUAUUCUCAAAUGAAACUGUUCAUGCAUGAGGCUGAGAAUGAGUGGUUUAAUGAAUUUAGUUCACCAGUAACAGUUGUCAUUCCAGUGCAUAUUGGUUCAACAUAUGCUAUGGGCGCUGCAUAUUUUUUCAAGAAAUAUCCGACAUGGAUAUUUCAUGACCUUAUAAAUUUAAAGUGAUUCUUAAGUGCUCUUAAAUUUGCGAAAUUUAUCAAGACAAUGCAAAUGAACUUGAGUCUUAUGUUUUGUGCAAUUUAGGCCUUGUUGACAUCUUUAUAUUUACAUUUAUACUGAAAGGAAAAAAAACGCAUGAUAACAUAAUGUGCGAAAUAUUUUGGACUGUUUUCCCAAAAAUAAUGAAAAUUUGCCACUGAUGUU